AUGCUCAGCCCCCCGAACGGCGAGCUCACGAGGGCCGGCCAGUACUACUACCAACUGAUCGACCGGCCGCCCCCGAGCCGGCAGUACGACCGCAACCAACCCCUCAUCCGCGAGGGCCCGAACGAUUACAUCAUGCUCCGGGGCGGCGCCAAAAAGCUGCUCCGCAGCCUCCAGCCCAACGGGAACUACCACUUGACCAAGCUCGGGAAGAGCUUCUUCAAGGACAAGUGGGUGGACUGGGUGGUGCACGUGCCCGUCAUCAUCCGCGGCAUCCGGCGAAACGGCCGGAACCGCGGCAUGCCCUACGAGCGCACGAAGCGCCUGCCCGUCACGGACCUCAACGUCACACUGCCCCGGCAGAGCGAGGGGCUCUCGGAUGCCCAAGCGGCCCGGAACCUCAAGGCGUUAGCGGUGGCGCAGCUCGGGAACCCCGAGCCGAACGACAUUAUUUGGGAGCUGUCGGACGAGAGCUACUACCUGGACGCGACGAGGGAGUGGACCUUCAGCCAGCAGGCCACGCAGGUCGUAGACGACCGGGUGGUGGUGGAGACCGUCCUGGAUCAGCCCCUGAGGGCUCUGCGGGACGUCUCCUACCAGCUGUACUGCGGCGACGAAAUCCUAGAGUCCGCCUUCGAACAGCGGCCGGACAAGCUUUGCGUCCCUCGGCAGCUCGCGGAGCUGAUGCGGCUGCCGCUGCAGGAGGUGCUUUCGGACUUCGACGCAAUCUGCACCAAAAAAACGUGGCGGGAGCAGGGCAUCACCCCCCGAGAGAUCCGGGAAUUCUGCCUUUGGCGCCAGGCCCCGAUGUUCUACGUGGACUGCCAGGGCCGCCUGCUGGACAAGUAUGAGCCUACCGUCAAGGAGCAGCGGGCCGUGGCCUUCACGAGCUGGAACGGCCACGCCUUCUUCUACAAAUCUGCCCGCACCGUCGCAAAGUGCGAGCCGAUGGGGGAGCGGGCCAGGUACCGGGGCGAGAGGAAGCCCGGCGAAACGCCCGAGUUCAAGGAUUGGCGGGAGUGGGAGGGCGACGUCGCCAGCGGUCAUUUCUACACUGAGGACCUGGAGCAGGUCCGGAGGGAGCUGCUGGCCGAGGGGCACUGCCCGAAGGUGGUCAUGCGAAGCAUGAGCGAGUGGCGGUGCCUGCGGCUGAGGGUGCGGGGCGGCGAGGACUGCGUCAUCUCCGCCUUCCACGAAGACCUGGAUGUGCUGCAGGCCUGGAUGGGGCGGCUGGGGCUCCCCUAUUGCGGGCAGCGUCUGGCGGGCGCCGCGAGCGAGGUCUUCCUUCACCUUCUCAAGGCCCGCCGCGAUCCGCCCGGAUCUCGGCAAGCCCUGCUCGCGGAGCAGGACCACCAGUGCAAGCUCUGCGCGGCCCCCAUCACUGCAACCACGUGCGAGUUGGACCACAUCGUCCCCGUGCACCAGUCCUUCGCCGCACAGGCCCAGAACCUCCAGGCACUGUGCCUCGAGUGCCACCGGAACAAGACGGCCCUGGAGUCCUCGCACGCCACGACACUGGAGUCGCGCUUCAGCCGGCGGGCUUACGAGCAGUACGUGGAAUCGCCUCGACUCCCGCCGCUCGUCUUCAAGCUCAACAGCCACAAGCCGGACCACAUCUGCCACGGUAUAGACGUGGUGCGGUGCCGCAAGAACGGUCUGGCCCACGCCAAGUUCCCGGCGCCCAUCUUCUGCCCCAAGGACAACGUUGAGCAAGCCCGCGAAGGGCACCUGGCGGACCUGACCUACGUGAGGCUCCGGGAGGACGGGCGUUGGGCGGCGUUCAAGCAGCUCCCCUACGUCGGCCAGGGCUGGUACGCCAAGCCUGCGGUGGCCUACAUGCUGGAAAAGGGCCUUGCGACAUGGAGCGACUUCGUGUACAGCCUGGACGCCACGGCGCACGUGGACCAGGAGUCCGUGGCUCAGGCCCUGCAGAAAAUGGAGGCGGCUUGGCCAGAGGGAGAGGAGCACUACGCGAAGCUGUCGGUGAAUGCCCUCAUCGGGCUCUGGGCACGCAACAUGAACCUCAUCUACACCAUGCGCACCAGCAACCACCAGUUCGACGGCUCCGGGUGCCAGCACCGGGAGCUGUUCCUGGACGCCGCGGGUGGGAUGCACUGGGAUCACAUCUACGUGACCCAGUUGUUGUCCAACCACAGCUGCCGGCCCGUGCACGACUUCGUGAUGGCCUCGGAGUACGUCGCCGUCUCCAGAAUCCGGGAUGCACUCGCAACCGUGCCGUCGAGGUACCUGAAGGCCGUCAAAACGGACUGCGUCGUUUUCCAGGACCUGCCCAAAAAGUUCCAGGGCCUCGUGGACAGCCUGGUCCGCGAAAGGCAUCCCGACGGCACGCCCGUGUACCGAUGCGAGGAGGUCAAGGGCCUCGAAGGCCAGUAUCGGAUCCCCCGAAUCGAGGCAGAGUGGAUGUGCAACAUUGACACCUGGAAGGUCGCGGAGGACCCUGUGCUCCACUGCCUCGAGGGCGGGAGCCUGCUGCUGACCGGCUACCCGGGCACCGGGAAGACCCACCUGGCGCGCCAGAUCGUGACCGCCCUCCGGGAAGAAGGGUACAAGGUGAAGAUCAUCACGAAGACCCACUCCUCCGUGCAGAACUUUGGAAUGCAGGCGGAGACGGCCGACCACUGGGUGCGGAGCACCGUCCGGAACGGCUACUGCAACAUCGACUGGCUGGCGGUGGAGGAGAUUACGCAGCUCGACACGGGGCUGUGGAACGACAUCGCCUGCGUCUCCAUGAACCGCAAGGUCAAGUUCCUGCUGCUCGGCGACUUCCGCCAGUUCCCCGCGGUCAUGGACAACUUCGCGGGCACCCCGGUGCAGCGGGAGCUCAAGCACUGCCAGCUGCUCCACGACCUCACCGACGGCUGGCACCACGAGCUCACCGAGAACAGGAGGAUCGACCCGGGCAUCUUCGACUUCCUCCGGUGGCUCCGGGUCGACGAGCCCCGGGAGCAGUCCCUCCCGGAAGCGGUCCGGGCGGCCCGGGAAAGGUUUCCGCGGCAAGGCGAGCCCGAUGUCAGCCUGGUCAUCUCCCACGCCCACCGCAUCAGGAUCAACGCGCGGGACAACCGUCGUCUGGCCCCGCCGGAAGCUGUGACGAUCGAGUACACCAGCACUGGCCCGACGACCACCAACAUGCCGCAGACCAUGCGGGUCUGGCCCGGCCUGAAGCUCAUCGGCGUCGGCGGCCGCGUGACCAAAGGCAUCUACGUGCAUGUGGCCGAAGUGGGCCCCGAGAAGAUCGUCUUGGACGGCGGCGACUCCUUCACCCACGCCGCCCUCCUGAAACACACCCGGCUGUGCCACGCCAUCACCUACGCCUCGUGUCAAGGCCUGACGCUCGAAGGGCGGGUCUUCCUGCGCGACACCGAGAGCCCGCACUUCACCCUCAAGCACCUCUAUGUGGGGAGCAGCAGGGCCACCAGCAGCGAGCUCCUGAGCGUCCGUCACUUCCAUCAGAAGCCCGCACUGGCCCGACAUGAGCCAUACCUGGCGCAAAUCUGCGCGCACCUUGCAUUCCCGACCGGCCAGGUCACCAGGGUCCUCCAGCGGCUGCUGGUCAGCGUCCCAGAAGUGGACUCGGGACAAAUCGACCUUGAGCUUGAUGAAGCUGUUCCCGCGGGAGGAGGUCUUGAGGCAGGACACGAAGCGACCCUCCACGUCCGACGCGGUGAGGUAGCGGCCGAAGAUUUUCGAGUCGUGGAGGCAUCGCUGGGUCAGCUGGCCCUUGAUGUCCUUCUCGAUCGCCUGCAGGCCUCCGCGCACACCGGGAAGAACUUGCCGCCACGCUGGUUGGUCGUAAGCUCACCGAGCUUGAGUACCGUUUUGGGCUCCAUCGCCCGUGGCUGGGAGGUAACGAGUCUUGACAGCAACCCAAAAGCCAGCCCAACCAUCUGCUCCGACAUCCUGCAAUGGGACUACAAGGCCUUCGAGCCCGGGCACUUCGACGCAGUGUGGGCCUCGCCCUGCUGCACCGAGUUCAGCAUCGCACUCAAGAAGCGCCCCCGCAACCUGCCGCUCGGAGAUGCCCUGGUGCUCAAGACCCUGGAGGUCAUAGACUACCUCAAGCCUCGGUGGUGGGCCAUCGAAAACCCGAGCACCGGGCGCCUCAAAACCCGCCCCUACAUGCAGGGCCUCCACUGGGACAAGGUAACGUACUGCAAGUACGGCUUCCGCUACAAGAAGCCCACGGCCAUCUGGCACAACCUGCCCUGGACCCCCUCCCAAGGCCCCUGUCGCAAGGGCGACCGCUGCGAGGCCUUCCAAGGAACUCGUCACCCAGAGGCCGCGCAGCGAGGGCCCACCAAGGGGCGCCAGGGGAGCAACUCACGGGACCAGCUCUACUCCAUCCCGCCUGUGCGUCUCUUCAAGACGCCUGAGUACUCCGUCAAGCAGCCGCCUGACCCCGUGGUUUGCAAGCCCCCCGCCAACGGUAUUUUGUGUGCCCCAUCUGCAAGCGGAAAGACGGUACUCCUUGUGAGCAUGAUUUUGGAGCAAUACCGGGGCUGCUUCGAGCGCAUCUAUAUCUUCUCGCCCUCGGUGGAGGUCGACUCUGCCUGGCAGCCUGUCAAGGAUUACAUCCGAGACGAGCUGGGCGUGAAUACGGACCGGGAGCAGUGCUGGUGGGAGGAUUGGGACGAGGGGGCGCUCCGGAAGAUCAUCUCGGACCAGAAGCGCAUCACCCAGAAGAGCAAGGAGCUGGGCCUCAAGAAGCUGUACCAGGUUUUGGUCGUUCUAGAUGACCAUGCCGAUAAUCCUGCGGUGCACCGCAAGACGGGAGAUGGCGUUUUGGACACGCUUUUCAUCCGUGGCCGACACUUCUGCAUCAACACCUGGGUGAGCACCCAGAAGCUGCGGCUCAUGAGCUCCGCCGUGCGGGUCAACGUCAUGUUCUACUGCGUCUUCCGGUUGCGAAACCAACUGGAGCUGGACGCCUUGGUGGAGGAGCUGAGCGCCAUGCUCCCGAAAGAGACCCUCUACGCCAUGUACGAGGAAGCCACGAGCGAGCCCUACAGCUUUUGGUUCGUUAACCUCCGCGCUCCCAAGGAAGACAUGUUUUGGGUGCGCUUCGACCGGAAGUUCUUGCUAAAUGGGGACGCUCCUGAGCCAGAUGGCAUCUACGACCCCAGCCACUGGCCGCCACCAGAGAGGCCCCGACAAACCUCCGACGGGUCCAACGCCAGCGAGUUCUCGGCGCGGCCCACCCGGUUUUUCAGGCGUCGUUCUAAAAAGGGCAUGACGAGUAUCUACGUGGACUCGCGCCUCCGCGCGGAGGGCACGGACAGCAGCUUCUCCUUCGACAUCGGUGAGAGUGUGCACAUUCAAUCCGGCGCCAAACUUGCCGUGUACAAGGUCCGUGUUGCCGACGCCUUCCUGAGCACGGACCGCGGGACGUUCUUGUACUGGGAGGACACGGUGGCCGGCACCCUGCACUACGCGGAGCUCCCGGUGGGCGCGUACACAGGGCCGCGAUUGGCUGCGUGGAUCAGCAGCAACUUCGCUUCCGCCAGCUACACCGCCGAGACCAAUGAGCUCGACGUGACCUACGACGGCGUGCGCCUCAUCCUCAACGAUGCCGAGCUCCGGCAACGCUUCCCAGGCACGGCCCCCUACCCGCCGGGCGCCUCGCCCAGCAAAGCCCUGUCCAUCAACCAUCUCCUUGGCCCCAGCUACCUCACAGGCUCUGUGCAGCGCUUCGUCUUUGUGACGAUGAAUCCGUUCUCAGAACUGUACCUCAGGUGCCCAACACUGGCCAACGGGGAGACGACAGUGGGCCCGUUGGGGCACGACAUCCUCUGUAAAAUCGUCGUUUCGAAAGGCGUGGGCCACGUCAUGGAGACCGAGACGUCAGAGGGGCACUGGGUUCAGCUGCAUGGGCCCAUAACCCUGCGUCACUUGCGCUUCAAGCUCACCGACUACCAGGGCAACAUCGUAAACACUCGAGGUUCGAAGAACAAGCCAAAGCCGCCCCCGACUGUGGCCGUGGCGGAGCUUCCGAAGCAUACUGAGCCGCCGGCACCGGAGCCGCGGCAAGAGCCCCACCAGGCCGCAAUGCUGCGAGCCUUCCACAAGCAGUACCCCAGCUACAACCUGACGCCGCUGCUCUACAAGCGGCAGCAGCAAUUGAUCGAUGCCCGGGCCUUCAACGAAUGGUUGGCCAACCGGCGUCAGCGCCAGGAAGGUGAGGCAUACGCAGACGAGCUGGGGCGCAUGACCGACGCCGUCAACAGGAGGAUCCCCCAGUUGAGGUGGGCCCCCGCCGAGCGGGCGGGCGUGCGUCGCGUGGCCCGCGACGUGGCUGCCGGGCGCAACACUAGCGUCCUGGGCUACAUCGCUGAGGGCGAGCCCUUGCCCAUCGACCUCCCAAACCGCAAUGCCAGCAUCCUGACUUCCAGCCACUUCUGGCUGGACGACUAUCCCCAGAGCUCCGAGCCCGAGCCAGCCCCGCUGCCCCACACGACCGUGGACCCCGCGGCGGCCUUCGAGGACGCCAAUGAAGGGUAUGAUGGCGUGCCCUUCCCCCGCCAAGCUCUGAGAAACGACGGGCUGGAGCCCCCAGCACCGCCAAGCUUCUUGAGCCGAUUGCAGCAGGCCGAGGCCGCGGCGGGAGCAGCGGCGGGGCUGGCGGGCUCCGGCUCCGCCAUCGCGGGGCACGGGCAGGACCUCUACAACGCCGCUCGCAGGGGGCGCAAUUGGAUCGACCGGAACCUGCGCAUCCCGCGCACACCCGAAGGCCUGGCGCCCCCGCCCGACGAGGUGGCCCCUCCGCAGAUCAUCGGCAGGCCCAGCGAGGUGGAGCCGCUCCUGGAGCGGGCGGGGCAGCGGGCCCAGGAGGUGGAAAGGGCUGCAGCCCAAGACAUUGAACAGUUCAUGAGCGAGCAGGUGGCCGAGGCCGAGGCCACGGAGGGCUUCGCUUCCACCGCAGAAGUGGCUGCGGGGGCCGCAGAAGCGGCAGCUGCAGCGGAGGGCCCGAGUGCACUGGCGCUGUUUGGAGAGGCUGCAUUGGGCACGGCUGCGGGCAUGGGAGCAGCAGCAGGAGGCCUUGCCGUGGCGGGUGGGGCAGCGGCGCUUGUGGGCACUGCGUGGGCGCUCCACGGCGGCAUGGUGGCCGCAGAACAUUUGCUGGGCUGGGGCGGCGGUGGCGGCACCGACACGGACGCUUCGCGGCCCAGCUCGGCCCCAGACAUUCAGACUCUCAACGGCAUGCAGGAGUUCGGUGCUGAGCAGCACUUCCAGCCCACGCGCUUCCCCACGGGCCUCAAUCCCGCCCCCCUGGCGCAGUCCUCGGGCAGUGAGAGCUCCUCCCGCGGGCCUCGCAUGCAGCCGCAGUCCCGCGCCGCGCCGCCCCCUUCCUUCGAGGCGCUUCGGAGCGCGAGCGAGCCGGAGGCCGCUAUGGAGCAGGUAACUGCUGCCGUCAAUGAUGAGCUCGUACAAUCCCUUUCAUUCAAGCUGGAGACCUCCAACGUCAAUUACGUGCAGAGCCGCAAGGACGUGCAGUACUAUCCGAGCUCGCUGAGCGUCUUCACGCCGACCACGAGCCGCGUGUGCAGGAUCCCGCUCACGUCAGGAAUGGACUUCGUGGACGGGGAGUCCGUCAAGCUGGGCUUUACGGUGCGCAACACCUCCACCACGGCGACGCUGCAGCUCUCCUCGCCGGACCCGUCGUGCCUCAUUGACCGGAUAGAGGUCUUCGCGAACGGCACCCGCAUCGAGGACAUCUCCUAUUACAACCGCUGCUCGUACCUCUACAGCCUCCUGAAGAACGAGGAGUGGUGGCUGAACCGGCACAUCCAGGGCUUCCUGGCGGACGGCGGGGGCCACGCCGAGGAGAUCCCGGCCUCGGGCUCCCGCACCGUGCUCAUGAGCCCGCACCUCAUCGGGAUCUUCAACUGCGGCAAAAUGUUGCCCCCCGAGCUCGGCAUUGUUCUUCAAAUCACCUUCUGCGACCCCACCGACGGGGCCCGCAACAUCAGCGGGAGCCAGGAGUACACCAUCGAGAACGUGAAGCUCUACGCCUCCCAGGUGACCCUCGACUCCGCCCUUCGCGAGAGCUUCCAGAGGAUCAUGACCAGCGGCCGCAGCCUGGUUUUCAGCUUCCCGACGAUGCACACGCAGCUCUCCAGCAUCCCCGCAGGGUCCACCAGCUACAAUAUUACAAUAGCACGGGCAUUUACGAAAUUACUCGGCGCCUUUGUGACGUUCAACAAGACCACGGAGGACCACGUGGACAAUUUCGAGUACCCUGGAGCGAAUGCGAAUCGGAACCUCAAGGGCCAGCUGCAGCUGGGUGCGUUGCAAUAUCCUAGGACGGCCAACGAGAGCAUCGCCGAAUGGCACCACUUUUUGGAGAUCCUAGCGGGCACCUAUGACUCCAAGCUUCGCAACACGCGCAUCCGGGACAACCUUUACGGGAACACGCAGUUCAUCGCGGCCUUCCCGGUGGAACGAGUGCCCAAGCAUCCGCUCUCGGGCAUCUCGACCCGCUCCGGCGACCUCUGUCGCUUCAGCUUCAGCAACAUGGAGGCGGAGCGCGUGGACCAGUGCUUCGUGCACAUGCUCUCCUACCAGCUCGUGACGCUCUCAGGAGCUGGGGUCAGUUCCCUCGACUAG